AUGUCGGUGAGACGAGUGAGAGAAGCUGUGAAAUGGAUAACGACUUCAACAACUAGAUCUGGUUUAUUCAAAGAUCUUGCGAAGUUGUACAAGGUUGAUACCUCGAAGGAUUUGUGUUUGGAUGUGCCGACUGAGUGGAACUCAACCUACUUAAUGCUAGAGGUAGCAUUACAAUACGAGCGGGUCAUGGAAGGAUUUAAGUUAUUGAGCCCCAAGGUUGUCCGUGAUUUGAAUGAGGUGCAAGACGAUGAUCUUACUGUUGGGGUACCCGAAGUUCAUGAUUGGCUUGCAAUUAAGAGGAUGUUUGGUUACCUCCGAAAGUUCCAUCGGUUGAUCCUUCUCGUCUCUGACAAUAAAUCUGUCACGGUGCAUUCUUUUUUUAAGAAAAUGUGCAGUAUCUUCAGCAUGAUUAUUCGGUUAGAGGGUGACGAAGAUGAUGCUGUAAAAAAUCUGGCAAUGAAGAUGGAGACGGAGCUUGGAAAAUCCUACAAAGAAGAUGGAACAUGUGCACUUAUGUCUAAAGAUGAUAAUCGGGCAAAUGAGUUGGUGGAAGAGUUGAACAAGUCGAUCAAUGACUUAUUUGACUUGUACAAAAAAGAGAUGACUCCGAUUUCAGAUCAAACAUCACCACCACUACCAACAAUACAGGGUUCGUGUAGCCAUAUAGAGGUUUCUGAUGACGAUGAAGAAGAUGACUCUGAGAUCACUCGAUACUUCAAAGAUGAGCAAUACAAGAUGAAAUGCAGGGAGCUAAAUCAAUUUGAUAUUCUUCAGUGGUGGUCGAGAAACAUAUCGUGUUAUCCUGCUUUAUCUGCGAUGGCAAGAGAUAUCAUGGCUAUACCUGUAUCAAGUGUUCCUUCUGAGGCUGCAUUUAACACGGAGGGUCGUGUUUUAUCUGAAUUUAGAAGCUCUUUGAUUCCGCAGAUGAUAGAAGCCUUGAUAUGUGCGGAAGAUUGGUUGAAAUUUGGUUCAGGCAACGACUUUCCUGAAGAUGAAGAAGAAGAAGGUAAAUAG